GAGGAAAGGGCUGCGCGUUCUUGCAGCGCCCCGCAGCGGCCGAGGCCGGAAGCGGCCUUGUCGGCCCUGCGGCGCCAGAGCCCUGACGCACGGUGCUCGAGAGAGAGAGAGCGAGCGAGCAAGCAAGAGAGAGGGAGAGAGAGAACGAGAGAGAAAGGGGCAGACAUGGCGGCUCCGCUCGGCUCCCGCUGAGGACGGCUGAGCAGGAGCUGGGUCUGUGCGGCCGGCCUGCAGCCUCGCUUCCGCCUCCCGCUCCCCGCCUCCUCGCGCUGCCGCUGGCUCCUGCCCCUCUCUUGCUUGUCGUGGCCUGCGUCCCAGAGAGGCAACGCGAGCCGGCCCGGCGAGGCUCCGCUGGCCCUGACUGCCUGCCGGCGCGCCGGCCUUCCUCGCCUCUCCCGGGAGCGGCGGGCGCGGCGUGGACCCAGUCCUCUGGCUGGACCAUGGUGAACACCCGGAAGAGCUCUCUGCGCCUUCUCGGGUCCAAGUCUCCUGGGCCCGGGCCUGGGCCUGGGGCCGGAGCGGAGCCGGGGGCGACCGGCGGCAGCAGCCAUUUCAUCUCCUCUCGGACCCGCUCCUCCAAGACGCGCGCGGCCAGCUGCCCGGCAGCCAAGGCCGGGGGAAGCGGCGGCGCCCUGGACGAGGCCCGGAAAACUGAAGUUGAUGGUAGCUUAAGUGAUAGCCACGUAUCCCCUCCAGCCAAACGCACUUUGAAACAGCCGGAUUCUGUUUGCAAAGACAAAUCAAAAUCGCGAAGUACUGGUCAGCGAGAGGAAUGGAAUAUACCAACUGGUCAGGCCAGGUUAACUUCUCAGCCUGGUGCUACAUUACCAAACGGACAUAGUAGCUUGUCCCUUAGAAGCCAUCCCCUUCGAGGGGAAAAGAAAGGAGAUGGUGACCUUUCAUGUAUAAAUGGUGACAUGGAAGUCAGAAAAAGUUGUCGGUCCAGGAAAAACAGAUUUGAAAGUGUGAAUCAGAGUUUAUUAUUUGAUCAACUAGUAAAUAGUACUGCUGAAGCUGUAUUACAAGAAAUGGAUAAUAUUAAUAUUCGGCGAAAUCGUCGAUCCGGAGAAGUAGAAAGGCUUCGAAUGUGGACAGACACAGAAUUUGAAAAUAUGGAUAUGUAUUCAAGAGUAAAAAGGCGAAGAAAAUCACUGAGAAGAAAUAGUUAUGGGAUACAGAAUCAUCAUGAAGUUUCUACUGAGGGCGAGGAAGAAGAAUCUCAAGAGGAGGAUGGAGACAUAGAAGUUGAAGAGGCAGAAGGAGAAGAAAAUGAUAGGCCAUACAAUUUGAGACAAAGAAAAACAGUGGAUCGAUACCAAGCACCACCGAUAGUACCAGCUCAUCAAAAAAAGAGGGAAAACACACUGUUUGAUAUUCAUAGGUCCCCAGCAAGAAGAAGCCAUAUCAGGAGGAAGAAGCAUGCCAUUCAUAGUAGUGAUACAACCUCUUCUGAUGAAGAACGCUUUGAAAGAAGGAAAUCAAAAAGUAUGGCAAGAGCAAGAAACAGGUGUUUGCCUAUGAACUUCAGAGCAGAAGAUUUAGCAAGUGGCAUUCUCCGAGAACGAGUGAAAGUCGGUGCGAGUUUGGCUGAUGUUGAUCCGAUGAAUAUUGAUAAAUCAGUGCGGUUUGAUAGCAUUGGUGGACUAAGUCAUCAUAUACACGCUCUGAAGGAGAUGGUAGUUUUUCCACUUUUAUAUCCAGAAAUUUUUGAAAAAUUUAAAAUUCAGCCUCCAAGGGGUUGUUUGUUUUAUGGCCCUCCUGGAACAGGUAAAACCUUGGUUGCCAGAGCAUUAGCAAAUGAAUGCAGUCAAGGAGACAAAAAGGUGGCUUUUUUCAUGCGUAAAGGAGCAGAUUGCUUGAGCAAGUGGGUUGGUGAGUCUGAAAGACAACUUCGGCUUCUUUUUGAUCAGGCAUAUUUGAUGAGGCCUUCUAUAAUAUUUUUUGAUGAAAUAGAUGGAUUAGCUCCAGUUCGUUCUAGUAGACAAGAUCAGAUCCACAGAAAACACAUCUUACAGAUCCACACCAGGGACUGGAAUCCAAAGCUGUCUGAUGCUUUUUUAGGAGAAUUGGCAGAAAAAUGUGUUGGCUACUGUGGAGCUGACAUCAAGGCCCUGUGUACUGAAGCUGCCCUGAUUGCCCUUCGGAGGCGGUACCCUCAGAUCUAUGCUAGCAGUCAUAAACUGCAGCUGGAUGUUUCCUCGAUAGUGCUCAGUGCCCAAGACUUUUACCAUGCGAUGCAGAACAUUGUGCCUGCUUCCCAACGUGCUGUGAUGUCUUCAGGACAGGCACUGUCCCCGAUUAUAAGGCCAUUACUAGAAAGAAGCUUCAGCAACAUCUUAGCAGUUCUGCAAAAAGUAUUUCCUCAUGCAGAAAUUAGCCAGAGCGACAGGAAAGAAGAUAUAGAAACUCUAAUUUUAGAUGAUAGUGAAGAUGAGAAUACUUUAUCAAUUUUUGAGAUGAAUUGUCACUCAGGAUCACCAAAGAAACCAUCACCAGCUGCUGCUAUAACUAAACCUUAUCUUCAUUUUACAAUGUCACCAUAUCAUCAGCCAACCUCUUAUAGGCCUCGUUUGUUGCUGUCUGGAGAACGAGGUUCAGGUCAGACUUCUCACCUUGCUCCAGCACUUCUGCAUACACUAGAAAGGUUCUCUGUCCAUCGACUCGACCUCCCAGCACUUUACUCAGUCAGUGCCAAAACACCUGAGGAAUCAUGUGCACAGAUAUUUCGAGAAGCUCGAAGAACAGUACCUAGUGUUGUUUAUAUGCCUCAUAUUGGUGAUUGGUGGGAAGCUGUCAGCGAGACUGUGAGAGCAACUUUUCUGACCCUGCUACAGGAUAUACCAUCCUUUUCACCUAUAUUUUUAUUGUCUACCUCUGAAACCAUGUACAGUGAGCUCCCUGAAGAGGUUAAAUGUAUCUUUAGAAUACAAUAUGAAGAGGUAUUAUAUAUUCAAAGGCCUAUUGAAGAAGAUCGAAGAAAAUUUUUCCAAGAACUUAUACUCCAUCAGGCAUCGUUGGCACCACCACGAAGGAAGCAUACUGCUCUGUGUGCUAUGGAAGUGCUUCCACUUGCAUUACCAUCUCCUCCUCGUCAGUUAUCAGAAUCAGAAAAAAAUCGGAUGGAAGACCAGGAGGAAAAUACAUUAAGAGAGUUGCGGUUGUUUCUCAGGGAUGUCACCAAGAGGCUGGCCACAGAUAAACGCUUUAACAUCUUCAGCAAACCGGUGGAUAUUGAAGAGGUUUCAGAUUAUCUUGAAGUAAUCAAAGAACCAAUGGAUUUAUCAACAGUAAUAACUAAAAUUGAUAAACAUAAUUAUCUAACGGCUAAAGAUUUCCUUCAAGAUAUUGACCUCAUCUGUAGCAAUGCUUUAGAAUACAAUCCAGACAAGGACCCCGGAGACAAAAUUAUUAGGCACAGAGCUUGUACCCUGAAGGACACUGCACAUGCCAUCAUCGCAGCUGAACUGGACCCAGAAUUUAAUAAACUCUGUGAAGAAAUUAAGGAAGCAAGAAUAAAAAGAGGCUUUUCAGUACCAGCAGAGCAAAUAACUCCUCAUGGCACUGGUGCCCGUAAGACAGAGACUAGAUUGGAAGAGGCAUUUCGGCACAAACAAAGAAGCCCAAUGGAUGCCUGGCACAACUCUGCAAAUAAGUGUGCAUUCCGGGUUCGGAGAAAAUCAAGGCGGCGAUCACAGUGGGGUAAAGGAAUUAUUAAGAAAAGGAAAGUCAAUAAUUUAAAGAAAGAUGAGGAGGACACCAAGUUUGCAGACUAUGACCAUACCGAGGACCGGAAGUUGCUGGAGAAUGGAGAGUUUGAGGUAAGCACUGACUGCCAUGAGGAAAAUGGAGAAGAGACUGGAGACUUAUCUAUGACCAAUGAUGAAUCUUCAUGUGACAUCAUGGAUAUGGACCAGGGUCAGAGGCUGAACAAUGAAGCAGGCACAAAAGAGAACUUUGCAUCGACUGAAGAGGAAAGUUCAAAUGAAUCUCUACUUGUCCACAGCAGCAGUACUCUCAAUCCUGAGCAGACCUCUAAAAAAGAGCCCUUUCUUAAAGGCAGCUGUCUGAAUGGUGAAGCCUCCACUGACAGUUUUGAAGGAAUUCCCGUUCUAGCAUGUCAGAAUGGUAAAACUGAAAUAGUUCCUCUCUCUGCCGGUGGAGAAAAAUCUAGUUCUGAACAGAAGAUUCCUUCAGAGGAACAGCCAAAAGACAAACCAGAAACUUUGAAUGAAGAUCCUGGAGACGAUCCUGAGAAACUAGAAGUACUGGGAUGUAGCAGUAAUGAGAAGAUCGAGCCUGGUCCUGAUGUGGAGGUUAAAGAUACAGAACUGGAUAAAGAAGGUGCUUCUAAAAUAAAGAAAUAUCGUAAAUUAAUUUUAGAGCAGGCAAAAACAACAGGCCUGGAACUGGUUCCAGAAGAGCCAUCUGAGCCUGUGCCACCUCUGAUAGUUGAUCACGAGAGACUGAAGAAACUGCUUGAUUUGUUGGUAGAUAAAAGCAACAACUUGACAGUUGAUCAACUCGAGAGAUUGUAUUCCCUUCUUAGUCAGUGCAUCUACCGCCAUCGUAAGGAUUAUGACAAGUCACAGCUUGUGGAGGAGAUGGAAAGAACGGUUCAUAUGUUUGAGACAUUCCUAUGAACUUGUGAGACGAGUGGUUUCUCCUCUCCAAUCUGCUCCUGCCGAGCGGUCUUCUGAGCCAUUCCCUUUCAGAUUGCACCAAUCCUGCGCAGAGCCUUGGUGUAAAGUGCUCGCUCACUCAUUCUUUCUCUGUUGAAUUUGGUGCUAUUGUCUCAGGUACCUGAAACCAACCAGCCUACAAGAACCAAACAAAACUUCAGAAACAUGUUGUAUUUUCCACAAAUAAAAAAUACAACCCCACAGCUUGGAGAUUCUGGUGCUACGGAAACUGCUUUCGCUCUGCCCCUCUCUUCUGCCCUCUUGGAGAGUCUCUUAGGGAGCAGACCAGCAUACCAGAGGGAACUGGAUGGGGCAGUUCUAAUUGUGCUGAAUUGUUGGAAAUCGUGGGCGAACUGCUUUUUCUGUUUCUGUUCCUCUUUUCUAUCUCUGAUCAUAUCCCAUCCCCUCACCCCCAGGUAAUGGACUAAGACCUGUUUUAGAAUUGGCUAUGGUGUAUUCUGGUGGACAACUGAAGAAACUAGGUGAAAUUAGGUUAGGCUCUUUAGAACUGCCUUUAAUGUGCCUUUUUAUUCAUUUGAGAAAGAUGAGGCUUACUGGAUGGGCUCAUUUGUAGCAAAUUAAUUAGAAUGUUUUAUUUGGUUACAACCUUGAAAAUAAGUUUUGAUACUCAGUGUCAUUAAGAGACAAGAGUAUUCUGUAUUAAAUGCCUGUCUUGUUCUCAAAACAAUCAAGAUACUCAGUAAUCCACGUGAUAUGCUAGUUUGUCCUCUUUCCUGUGGUGUGUUUCCAGUUAAAAAACACACACUAAAACAGCAAAUGAUAAACAGUCCACAAAACCCCGUGUACUUCUCCAUAUUGCUGACAAUGAUGACCAGAAAAUAAAUAGUUGGUGGCCAUUCUUCUGUCAGAUGCAAUUUAAUAGUUAUUCAUGUUUGAGUUACCAGAGAAAAGUGAUUUUCAUGUAUAGUCAAUUGUUAUUGUUUUGUUUUAAAGCCAGGACUUGCCAAAUGGACAGAAAAGAGGAAUUUGUUUGAAACUCUUUAAAACUCAUUUUCUGUAUAACUGCAAGUGAGCUCUGGUAUGUCCUUGAAUAACAGUGUUAACAUUUAACCCUGUCCCAUGCUCACAUCUUCACAAUGUUUCAGUUUGAUUGGAAUCAUUUUGGAUCUUGUUGAGUGAUUUCUGUGGAUUGUGCUUAUGAAAAUAAUUAUGGGUUGUUAAUUUUACAAAACUUUCUAAGAAUUUGGAGACACAGUCUAGGCAGUUGCAAAGAGGCAAAGGGAAUGCAGUGACAUUUUUUAUGAGAUAAUUUUUAAACAAAGUACAGAAAAAUUUGCAGACAAAUUGGCUUGCUAUAUUCCUUUAUUAUAGCCGUUAGCUGCAGGUGUGUCUUUCCAAUAUAUGCAACACAUAUUUGGGUUUUAAUUAGGGCACAUGGUCGAGGACUACUGCAGAGAUACUGAGCUACCUCAGCUUUUGUUUUUAGUUACCAACAGUGUUUACAGGGUCCUGUAACACUUUGCCACCGUUUACACGCUGAAGCUAAGGUACCUGUCUCCUUGUCUCUGGCUGUGGUGGUGUGCAGAGAGCUCGUGCUGGCCUCAGCUACUGCAGUAAUCCCAAGUGCUUUUGCAUUUACCUUCAUGUUCACCGUCUUCUAGCUUGAUUUUUUUUUUUUUUGGAUGAUCCUUGUUUUCUUUAUACCUGGUCUGAGGUUUUCAUGACAUUUAGUUAGUCAUGUAAUUCAAGAUGCUACCAUGUAGACACACUGUAUUUUUAAGGUGGGCAAGUGUGAUUAACGAUGAACCAUUUUAAAGGGGAGGUGAUUUGAAACCUCUAAUUUGAUUAUUGGGAGGAUUUUCAUGCUUUAUUUAGUAUUUAUUACCAUCAUACCAGUGCAAACUAUUUUACUGUCUAAUACAUUAGCAUUUUGUAUUUUGAUGGAAAUUGUUACAGAAUUUAAAGAUUUGAUGAAAUAAGAUGUAGCAGAUUUUUUGUAGCGAGUUUCUGGUAAAAGGGUUUUUGCAAGUCUCAGGUUCUUGCUGUGCUAUUUUCUUCUUUAGUAUUUAUUCCAGUUUCUCUACUUCAGAAGCAUUCUGUUCAAGUAACAGCAGCACUUGUGAAUGGAGGAAAACCGCACAUGUUCUAAGGUUUCCGAAUCUUGCACGUGAAUUAAGAUUUUAGCCAUCAGUGAGUUUGACAAAGGAAAUUUAUUUAUUUAAGCAUUAAAAAUGCUAUCAAAAGAUCACAUCUUGUUUUAUGUUUAUCCUUGAUAUAGAUGGAGAAAUCAGAGGAAAACUCAGUAUAGGAACUGCCACUUUGAACAGUUUAGGUCUCAAAGACAAAGCCAGUCUCAUGCCAAGGGGGGAGAUGAACUGAAAUCGCACCAACUCUUCAGGCCCCUUUCCCCCCAAAGAGAAACAUACUAUACCAGUUUUACAGCUAUCUGGUGGUUCUAUAAAUAAAAGCAGCUUGUGAAAUUAUCCAAGUUGAGUCAGUUUUGUUUACCUUUCUGUAAAGUUCUUAAUUUUUGCUGUAUAGCAUUGGCAAAAAUAUUGUACAAAUUGACCUCUGUUCUUACUUCCUAUGUGAGCAUUAUAUGUGAUAAGCGCCUGUGUAAAACCUUGCUCUCAGAUAAACAAAUUAUGUAGCCCAGCCAAGCAAAAGUUCAUGCUCAGCUGUUGGAACCCUGGGAGCUUCUUGAAGAUGAUGGAACUGCAUUAGGUUUGAAACUGAUGGCUGUGGAAUAAAUUGUGUUUUUGAGCUUGAAUCUUACCUGUGAUUAAUUUUUUUAAUGUCCUUUCAUGACUUGAUUUUUCUCAUAUGCCAAUGUAUUUGUAGGUUUACUGGAUUUUAUUUUUAGGGAGUGGGGUGGUAAUUUCUUAUCUUCCCUUGUUUUGAUUUAAGUUGGUUCAGCUAUGGUGCUAAUCAGUAGGUUUCUUCAGUGUCAGGUCCCGUAGCUGAAUGCCAUUGCUGUUAUAAUUAUUAUUUGUAACCAUUUUGGAAGCUUGAAUUUGGGCUUGUACCUGCAUCUUUUAUAUUUUGUACAUUUGGUUGUUUAGACUUUGGGAGUCCUAUUUGGUUUUGGUCAUGUAUAUCUACUUUGUAGAUUAAGUAGACUUCAACUACAGUCUAUUUUGGGUUUGUAGUUUAAUUUAGAAUUGUGUUAAAUUGAUGUUUUACAUUUGACUUCAUUUUACAUUAGUUUGGAGUAAAUUAUUUAAUUUUUGAAUUCUGGAAUUUGAACAUUUACUGUAAUUUGUAAUAUAACUGCUGUGAAAUACUUGAAUAAAGAUGAUAAGAAAAACA